AUGACGAACUACAACAUCACGUGCACUAGCGACAUUGUAUGUCCAUGGUGCUACGUUGGGCAUUCGAGACUGUCCAAAGCCAUUGCCGAACACAGAAAGACAUAUCCAAACGACAAGUUCCAUCUCAAAUAUAUGCCAUUCUACCUGAACCCACCACCUCAACUUACAACCACCAAUGGCCCAAUCCCCCCCCCUUUCCCCGUCGAAUCUCGAAACCGACGAGAUUAUUAUGCCGCCAAAUUCGGACCCGAACGCGCCAAACAGAUUGAAGCCAUGAUGAUCCAGACUGCCGCUGGCGAAGGCUUGAAUUUCAGUUUCGGCGGGAAAACUGGCAUCAGCCGCAACGGUCACCGAUUAGUGCAUUGGGCGCAGAACCACGGCGGCGAAGAAUCGCAGAACGAAGUCAUGCUGGGGCUGUGGCGGCGCUAUUUCGAGCAGGAAGUCGACAUCACCACGCUCGACACGCUCAUUGAGAUUGGUCUCGAGGCUGGCCUCGGCACCAAAGAUGAAAUCAAAGCGUACCUGGAGAGCGGAAAAGAUGGGGAGGAAGUCGAUAGGAUUGCGGAGGAGGCGAGGCUCAAGGGUAUCAGCGGCGUCCCUCAUUACGAGAUCAAUGAUCAUUGGGAGGUUUCUGGUGCGCAAGAUCCUCUCGCUUUCAGGAAAUUGUUCGUGAGAUGGAAGGACUUGGAGGCUAAAGGGCAGGUCUCCAGUCCUGCUGCACAGUCUGUCAAGGGCAAUGGAUGUUUGUGA